AUAAAUUUAUAUAUAAACGUGCGAAAAAAAUUUCGGUUUUGUUUAAAUUCAUAAAGCGAAGCUUUAUUUGCAACAUUUGAGAGAACUUCCUGAUAUAUAGCUGAACUAAAAAACAACUUCACGUCAACGUUUUGGACAGAGGUUAUUCAUACUAGCCUCUUCAAAUUGCUUGCUUGUCUGGCGAACUUGUGAAUAUUUUGGAUUGCCUUGUCGGUGAGGAAGAAUUACGUGGGGUCUGCCGGAUAUAGUGAUAUCCUGUGAGUUGUAUGAAACGUUUCCCACGUUUAGACUCGUAUUUAUAAUAUCUUCGUGGACGAUCCAUAUAAAGAAUCCCAGCAGGCUAUAUAUCCCAUCAUAGCCAUCUAAUACAUGGACAAACUUUAGCAAGAGUCACACUGUAAUGUAAACAAUAUCAUAUGGCUUAUUAAUAACUCGUGAUAUACCAAAGGUUUAUUUUUAUUACGGAAUUUAUAUGUAUAAUAUGGCUAUACGAGCAGCCAAAAAUGUGGUUCCAAAAGUAGUGACUUUUUAUAAAAACGGAGACAAGUUUUUUAGAGGCUAUAAACUAGCUAUUACUCCUCAGAAGUAUCGUAAUAUGGAAACGUUGCUGAAUGAUCUUACAAGGUUGUUAAACCUACCGCUCGGAGCAAGAUAUGUACUCACAAAAACUGGAAAAGCUGUGGAAAAUUUACAAGAAUUCGAAAGUGGCCAGGGAUACAUCUGUUCGUCAUUUCCCAAACUUAAGAAUUUAAGAUAUGGUGUCGGUGACAAUCUUCCAUAUUGGAAUUCUUCGAAGCAUGUUAACAAAGACAAAGCGACACAAUCGACUAAAUAUUACACAACCUCUAAAGGUUCGACAGAGCAGACAUCACCCAGGAAACGAUCUGAUACUAUCAAACCUAGAAUAAUAACAGUGAUUCGGUAUGGGCAUAAGCCUAGAAGAAGUGCAAAGGUUUUAUUGAACAAACGAACCGCCCAGACCUUCGACCAAGUGUUAGACGAGGUGACUUUGGCCAUUGGUGUAUGGGGAACUAAUGGUGUUCGACGUUUGUAUGAUCUGACUGGCAAGCGUUUGACUGAGCUCUCUGAUCUUUUUAAGCAAGAUGAUUGUUUUAUUGCUGUUGGAAAUGAAAAAUUUAAUGUUUCUGACUUAGAAGACUUAAUUCAGGGUGUUAAGGUGAAUGGAUCGCAGAAAAUAAGAUUACCAUCAAUCAACAGCACAGAUGAAAGUGAUGUCAGUCCGUCCACCCACCACAGACCUUCCCCACGCAAUCCCCAAUCUAAGAAUUCUGUGAAACUGCCCACAAUUAGAAGGAAGAGCGAAAAUGAUAGUAACACGAGUUCUCUGAAUUCUACCCAGGGACUUAAGGAAAAUAUUGUGAACAAACAGACUGUGCAAAAGUGUACACCUAAGAAUGGAAAGAAAAACUGCUCUCAGAAUGAAGAUCAGAGCAUUGGUAAAAAUAACCAAAGUUUGAAAGAUACAAAUAUCAAAAGUAGUUCUGAGAAAAAAGGUAAUAUUUCCCAAGGAGAGACACUAAGUUCACCUGAAGAUACAAGCCAUGGGUUAGCAUUUAAUCGAGGACAAAAAAGUGAAUCUAGAAAAAAAAUUGAUAACAUAGAACUUAUUUAUUCAGUAGGAGAAAAAAUUGGUGAUGGUAAUUUUGCAGUCGUUAGGAUUGGUACAAACAAGGAAACUAAACAAAAACAUGCAUUAAAAAUUAUUGACAGAAAGAAAAUAGUAGGGAAAGAGAACAUGCUGAAGGAUGAAAUAAGAAUCAUGAAAGCAUGUAGCCAUGGUAAUAUUGUUAAAUUGUAUGAUACCAUUGAUACAGAGUUUGAUGUUUACUUGGUAAUGGAACUCAUUACUGGCGGAGAUCUAUUUGAUGAAAUAUCUAAUGCUGUAAAGUUUGAGGAACCAAUUGCAAGCUCAUUUGCGCAAGAUAUUGCGAAUGCACUAGAAUAUCUUCACAAGCAGAAUAUUGUUCAUAGAGAUUUGAAGCCAGAGAAUUUAUUGGUUCAUAUUUCAUCAAAUGGAAAGAAGCACUUGAAACUGGCUGAUUUUGGUUUAGCCGUGGAGGUUAGGGUACCUCUAUUUACAGUGUGUGGCACGCCGACCUACGUUGCCCCAGAGAUAUUAGAAGAGACUGGGUACGGUCUCAAAGUUGAUGUCUGGGCUGCUGGAGUUAUUAUCUACAUCAUGUUAUGUGGCUUCCCCCCGUUCCGCAGUCCUAAUAAAGACCAGGACGAGUUGUUCGAUCUAAUUAUUGCCGGGGAUUACGAGUUCCUACCUCCCUACUGGGACGAUGUUUCCCAAGAUGCCAAAGAUUUAGUUAGUAAACUACUGGUAAUCGAUACCAAACAGAGAUUUACAGCACAGGAAAUUCUUAAUCAUCACUGGAUUCAAGAUCACCAGAAAGAAAGCAUUGAUGAAGAGGUUUCUUUUUCCGACCGCGAGUUUAAUGCAAGACGGAAGUUCAAAGGUGCUGCCAUUGCCAUAGCGAGCUCAAAUCGACUACAGAAUAUCGUACAGUUUCAGUUUAAACGGGGGGAAAAGUUGCUAGAGCAACGUUCUUAAUUUCUAAAGGCCUACUAAAGCUUUAUUUAAACUAAAUUUACGCUAAAAUUAAAAGCCUCCGGCUCAGUCGGCUCAGUUUCAUAAAACGGGGGGAGAAGAUAAAAAUGCAGGUGAAGAUUUUUUACUGUAGAUUUCUACUAAUAUUGGCGAUGUCUGUAGAGUAAUCAUUCCAUGGCUAACUUACACGAAUCAAAUUGUAUCAAAUUAGGUUCAGUCAGUGUUAGGACUUUGUUGGGAUUAUACUCGUAAUUUCCCCGACGAAGAAUUCACUUACCAGAGAUCAGCUAUAUAUGGUGUAAUAUUUAUCUUUUUUAAGAGUUUUAGUGAGCGGAAAGGCAUCUCAACAAUAUAAAAAUGUCAUGGGAGUUUUAAAUUUAUGCUGAUUAUGCAUUUAAAUCACGACGUGUAUAGUUGAGUCACAUAAAAAAGGCAAUUUACGUGCAAAUAACUCACUACAGCUGAAAAAGUUGGUUACGAAAUGUUGUAAAAUAAGGAAGAUAUAGCCUUGCAAAGUUUGCAAACAUUGUUUAUACUUUUGUGCUUCGCACGGAAAUUGUUACCAUUUUCGGCCUGAAUGCAUUGUGGUAUUAAUUUCCGGGCGUAAUACAAAAGUACACAAAAUUUGCAAACUUUGCAAGGCUAUAUUUUCCGCAUAUUUCAACAUUUCGUAACCAAGCUUUGCAUUUUUACUAAUUUUAAUACGCUCUUUUUAGCUGUGGUGAAUCAGUUGCACUUCCUAUUUUGGAUCAAAACGUACUAGUCUAAAAUGCAAAAGUAUCUAAUCUUCACGCAUGCGUGGGCAUUAAUAUAUAAAAAGGCAUUCAUAUCAUGUACUCUUAAAUCUUAAGUUAAUUUGCCGCCUUUGUUUAAAAUUUCAAAUCCAACCGGUUAAUAACAUUGGACAAUGUAAGCAUGCAAUGAAAACGUUUUCUUACACAGACACUGCUAAAGUAUAUAUGUAGCUGGCUUGAUACACUCUGUAGUGUACACGUUAUGCUGAUUGUAUCAGUAUUUUAAAAUGUAUUACUAGUCUGAAAACAUUUUAUCGUAUUAUGAUCCUUGCACUCUAUAUUAGAGCAAAAUAAAUAAUAUAUGAUACGUCAUAGUGGACAAUAUCAUUCAUGUACGUAAUUUUCAGCUUGCCCGGUUGGUUACUCGGAGUAUAAUAUGAUAACAAUAAUCAAUAUGCACCAUCGCUUUGACAUAAUAUCAUAGCUUAAGAUAGAUUCCCAGAAUGUCAAAGCACAAAUAAAAAAAGUGGUAAGAGAUAUUUCGCAAAGGAUUUAAAAUCACUUUACGAUUGAUAAAGUUCACCAAUAUUGUUAUUUCAAUAACAAACAGAACAGAAAAAACAA